AAUAAUUACAAGUCUUGAAGGGGAGAGAGAAGUACUGUUCUUUUCUUCUUCACUAUCACUUUCUCUCUCUAGUUUCUCCAUGCCUGCAAUUACUCAAGAAGCUCUGUUUUGAUUAUUCCGAUUUGUCAAUUUAACUGAUAAUGGAGAAUCGAUUCCUUGUCUGCUGUUGCUGCUAAAAAGAAAGCUUUUUUAUUUACUGGUGGUGUGAAAAUGGUAUCAAGAUCGUACUCAAAUCUCCUAGAACUUGCCUCCGGCGAGUCUCCGGCGCCGUCUUUCAGUCGGGUCAGUAAUAGAAUUCCUCGGAUUAUGACAGUACCCGGUAUUAUCUCCGAUCUUGACGAUGACCCAUCUGAAACAAUCUCAACUUCAUCCAUCUCGCCGGAGAGAAUAAUCAUAGUAGCAAAUCAGCUCCCAAUUAGGGUUCAUCGUAAACCAGACAAUACUAAAGGUUGGAUCUUUAACUGGGAUGAAAAUUCCCUUCUUCUACAACUAAAAGACGGAUUAGGAGAUGAAAACAGAGAAGUUAUUUAUGUUGGUUGUUUAAAAGAAGAAAUUCAUUUAAAUGAUCAAGAAGAAGUUUCUCAAAUCCUUCUAGAAACAUUCAAAUGUGUUCCUACUUUCUUACCGUUUGAUCUCUUUACAAAAUACUACCAUGGAUUCUGUAAACAGCAAUUAUGGCCGUUGUUUCAUUACAUGUUACCGUUGUCGCCGGAUUUGGGUGGUCGGUUUAAUCGGUCGUUAUGGCAGGCUUAUGUUUCUGUAAACAAAAUCUUUGCAGAUAGAAUCAUGGAAGUUAUAAACCCUGAAGAUGAUUAUGUUUGGGUUCAUGAUUAUCAUCUUAUGGUUUUACCAACAUUUUUGAGGAAAAGAUUUAACAGAGUAAAACUAGGGUUCUUUCUUCACAGUCCUUUUCCUUCAUCUGAGAUCUAUAAAACAUUACCCAUUAGAGAAGAACUUCUUCGAUCACUUCUCAACUCUGAUUUGAUUGGAUUUCAUACUUUCGAUUACGCCAGACAUUUCCUUUCCUGUUGCGGUCGGAUGCUAGGGUUAUCAUAUGAAUCGAAACGUGGUUACAUAGGUUUGGAGUACUAUGGUCGAACUGUUAGCAUCAAGAUACUCCCGGUUGGAAUUCACAUGGGUCAACUUCAAUCUGUUCUAAGCUUGCCGGAGACUGAAUCGAAAGUCUCAGAUUUGAUCAAACAAUUUCAUGAUAAAGAAAGGGUAAUGCUAUUAGGGGUUGAUGAUAUGGACAUUUUCAAAGGCAUUAGCUUGAAACUAUUAGCCAUGGAACAACUCCUUGCCCAAAACCCUGAAUGGCAAGGAAAAGCGGUUCUAGUUCAAAUCGCCAAUCCAGCGAGAGGUCGAGGAAAGGACGUUAAAGAAAUCCAAUCCGAAACCUACGCCACGGUUAAGCGAAUAAACGACUCGUUUGGGAAACCGGGUUACGACCCGGUUAUCCUAAUCGACGACCCACUCAAGUUCUAUGAGCGGGUCGCGUAUUAUGCAGUGGCCGAGUGUUGUCUCGUCACUGCGGUAAGGGAUGGGAUGAAUCUCAUCCCUUACGAGUAUGUAAUAAGUCGGGAAGGAAACUCGAGGCUUAACAGCCUUUUUGGGUCGGGAGAACCCGACCCGAAGAGGAGCAUGUUGGUGCUCUCGGAAUUCAUUGGGUGCUCCCCGUCUUUGAGUGGUGCGGUUAGGGUUAAUCCGUGGAACAUAGACGCGGUGGCGGAGGCGAUGGUGGCGGCUUUGGAGAUGUCCGACACCGAGAAGCAUCUUAGGCACGAAAAACAUUAUAAAUACGUGAGCACUCACGAUGUCGGGUAUUGGGCUCGAAGUUUUCUUCAAGAUUUAGAGAGGACUUGUAAGGACCACUCUAGGCGGAGGUGUUGGGGAAUCGGGUUUGGAUUGAGUUUUAGGGUCGUGGCUCUCGAUCCGAAUUUUAAGAAACUAUCGAUGGAGUAUAUAAAUAGCGCGUAUAAGAGAUCGAAGAAACGUGCCAUUCUUUUCGAUUACGAUGGUACAUUGAUGCCUCAAUCCUCUAUCGAUAAGAGCCCAAGUUUUGAGACAGUUGGUAUUCUAAACAUGUUGUGUAGAGACAAGAACAAUAUGGUUAUCAUGGUAAGUGCUAAAAGGCGCGACACCUUGUCCAAUUGGUUUUCUUCGUGCGAGAAACUCGGGAUCGCGGCGGAGCAUGGUUGUUACCUAAGGAUGGAGCGCGAUACAGAAUGGGAAACUUGCGUGCAGAUUAUAGAUUGCGGUUGGAAGCAGAUCGCUGAGCCCGUGAUGCGACUCUACACCGAAACAACCGACGGUUCAACAAUCGAAGACCGAGAAACAUCUUUAGUUUGGUGCUAUGCAGAUGCUGAUCAUGAUUUUGGAUCAUGUCAAGCCAAAGAACUUCUAGAUCAUCUCGAGAGUGUUCUCGCUAAUGAACCUGUUACAGUCAAAAGUGGACAAAGCAUAGUCGAGGUUAAGCCACAGGGCGUGAGCAAAGGUUUGGUUGCAAAACGGUUGCUAAAUACAAUGCAAGAGAAGGGAAGUACGCCGGAUUUUGUUUUGUGUAUAGGAGAUGAUCGUUCGGACGAAGACAUGUUUGAGGUAAUCGCGAGUUCUGUAUCGGGGCCAUCGAUGGCUCCGAAUGCUCAAGUCUUUGCGUGUACGGUUGGUAAGAAACCGAGCAAAGCUAAGUAUUAUUUGGACGAUGCAAGUGAAAUUGUUAGGUUGAUGCAAGGUUUGGCCUCUGUUUCGGAACAAGCAAUGUAUUAAAAGACUUUGUAUUAGAAUUUUGAUGUUUUUCAUUACAAUUCAGUCUUCUUGUAAAUAAAAAUUUGAAUAAUACUUGGACUGUUUUGGAAU